CAGCCGGGUUGCCCGCGAUAUCAAGGAGAGCGGGCAUAUGACUUUUCUUUAGUUGUGUACGUCACGAUGAUGGGAUGGAGGCAUUCAUAGCUAAAAUUGCUGUUUACAACUGGACAGAUGUUAAAACUUUAUUUUCUUCUACAUUUCUGAACCUUAAGGUCUUACUGAGGACCACCAAUAGCUUCGUUCUAAUUCUUGCAAUACUGUUAAUAAUAUAUGUGACAGCCUAUUCCUUCCAAAAAGUUUGGUCCAGAGAGCUUAAAUGUCAAAAAACCACCCUUAAAACUGUGGACUGCCUCAGGCAUGGGACCCCAGAUAUUGAGCUUCUACGUCGAAUAUAUGAGUCGUGUAAUUUCACAGCGUCCGGGUUGUGCAACAUUUGGUUGCAAAAAAUUAACGACUGUAUUAACAACUCUUUAAGAGAGACAUCUAUUCACUUUACUCCUGUUUCGGAAUACACACUCUCUGAUGUAAAGAUUUCGGAUUUCGAAGUACGUAGCGAAGAUUUGCCUGGCUGGGUGGCUUUGUAUUUUUCUGUUUCCAUACCAAUGUUGUAUUUGCAUGGAGACGUAGUCACAGGUCAAACAAAAUCAUCGCAGAAAGUGACACUAUCACUAAGGAACUACCACAUGAAGACGCGCUGUAUGUUAAAAGUUGAUGAUUUGGUCCUCUUGGAACUGAAAAUGCACUCUGAAUCUUCACCACAGUUCGAUUUACUGAUGGAUUCAGUAAUACCCUUAUCUCCAUCAAAAUUCAAACAACUACUCAUCGACAUAAUUUCAGAAUUAAUUGUGUCCUGGUCUCCAGAUGGUUCCAUACACUAUGGCAAAGAUCCUCUGGUGGCUUCAAUACAAACGGAUGACUGUUCAUCUGAUCAGAAUGUUUUACUGCAAAGAGAACCCAAAGGUACAGAUUCCUCAGAUUCACUUCACAACUGGAUCGACAUCAAUGUCAAAACGCAGUCAUGUGAAUCCGAUCUCAAGGAUUUAAUCCAGUCUCAAUCCGAAGGACAUGCUGAGGCAAAAACUGUGAUGCCGGGAGAAGAGGGUUCUCAGUCGUUAGCUCAGAAAGAUAAGUCAUUUACUCCAGUUGUACUCGCACAUAACGCUCGUUUACGCCAGUCUUUAGUAGCUCGCCAUGCUCCACGGCCAUUCGUAUGUAAAAUGAUCAGGUCGGCAUCUUGCUAUGGAGAAGAGGGAACAUCCAGUUUGGUUCAAGAGCGGGACUUAGGAAGUUUUGAGUCAGAAGGUGUUGCUGGUGCGAACUGUCGGGAUUUAGGAUGCAGUAAAGUCGAGUCUGAGAUUCAAAUACGAAUGGAAACUAUCUCUGCUCCAUCUAAUAAAUCAGAGACGACCAGUACGGAAGUUGUGAAAAGAAAAGAAACUGAGACUUCAAUUACUGAAAAUGUUGGUCAUAAAGACUCUUUACAGGAGUUCAGUCACACAGUACCAGUGCGUAAACCAAAUACUAAAGUAGAUGUGUCACCGUUGAGGGAACGCAUGGCAAACAAUUUUGCAUCCAAAAAGCUUUUGGUUAAAGUAGUUAAAGCAGAAAAACUGUCAGUUAAAAGUAAGUUGUUCCGAUAAUCUUUAUAUUGCGGGAAGCACAAGUGUACAACACUGGUUAUUUUCGCUCACAAAAUGUGGAGCGUUUUAGUUUCUGUAUUAUUAGUCAUUUUUAAUAGUUUU